AAAUGUCACGAGUUCCAACGAGCCAGAAAUACCCUUCGAGGUCCACGUCCAUAAUCUCAAGAGCCUAGAAGCCUAGAACACUUGCGUACAAUAUUAUGAAUCGUAGAUGCAUCAUAUUAAUUUUUGAUCUAGUCCAUCAUGCGAUGAGUUAAAGGAGGGCGUGAACUUGCGGCCUAGCCUCUGCUUUCGAACUGAGUCGGCUAUUGUGGGUUACUAGAUGUGGCUCAUCGGGGAAGGAAAUCAGUGAUCCACUCGCACCGCACACCAUACUCUGUUGGAAUAACAAUGGUCAUGUCGCGUUCGAUGUUGUAUUCCACAAUUCGAGGAUGUUCCCGAGACAAGAAAUCCACAACAGCUCGAAUAUAAAUCCAGGUAUUCGAUGGGCUUAAACCUCGAACCUACCCGCUUGUGAUUUCCGUCAUCUGCUCUCUUGAGCCAUAUCUUAAUAUGUCUGCCAAAGAAACAUACUAUAACGUCGAAGUUAUCCAGUUUUGGCGAGGCGAGGUAGAGUACCUUCGGCCGCAUCCCCUUCACUGGGUCAUCUACGUCCCAACCGAUCCUGGUGUCGGAAACACGUACCACCUCCUGGGAGACACAGAGACCUACACCGUGGAGUUCAGGCGUAACCAGCCACAUGUCAACCCUGAUGACUGGCGCGGAAGCCACACCAUGGGAAGAGUGGCUGCAAGUAAGCUGGCCCUUUUCGAAUGGAACCUCGCGAGCGUUCCGAUCAUGCAUAACGACCCCCGAUGGAACAGCCAGAACUGGGUGUGGGACUGUCUUCGCCGCCUCCGCCAUCAACGUUUUGAGAUCAGCUGGGAGCUUAGACAAUGCGACCUUCAAACAAAGAUGUGCUGCCUGUUGGAGGACUGGGAUUUCGGUCGAAUUUAGAGGUGGAGAUCUGGCGUGCCCGAGUGGUUGAUCAAGUAUUUAGUGUUCUUAUUUAGAGUCAUUGGGAGCACUCGCCAUAAAUUCAAGACA